AUGGUCCAAUUGGAUUGUGAUCCUCUACUUGAGCAAGCCAUCCAGAGUGGAGAUUUCAGGAAUCUUUUCUGGAAGGUCAACGAUCUUCGCAACAAAUCUGAGUUUGUGCUAGCUUAUUGCAACGAAAGUCUCAUCUGCAUCGGGAAUGAUCAUUUGGGAAACUUUGAAAAGCGUAUCAAAAUGAGAAAGUAUCCUGUCAAUGGGGUAUUAAACGUGGAGCAGUUGAUCAAGGAUGACUUCCUGACUUUCACAUGUCUUGUGCAAAGAAAAGACCUAGUUGUUUAUCAGCAAGUGCAUCGUAUUAAUUCUUCCCUAACUUGUGAGUAGAAUUUCAAAUAUCUUAUUUCUAUCUAUUUCUGUCAGUUUUGUCUUAAUCCUUUCUACGCCGUUUACUGCUGAGUGGAUUAUUGAUGUAUACUAGUAAUGCACUCCUGUAUAUUGUGGGGGUGUUCGACCAACUCGCUUGCCAAGCGAGAAGGUUCCAAGAGUCUGGAAUAUAUAGUUGUUUAGAUUUCUUGGAGAUGACCGAGUAAUUUCAGGAAUACAGCUUUGAUGAAAAAUCAUUGUCAAGACAUCGAAGAUUAAAUGAAAAAUAGCUGAAGAAAUGAUGUUAUUUCCAUUGCAAGCAACUUUAUGAGAUGAAUAUUGAAAAAUACGGCAGCUAUCUAAUUAAUUAAUUCCUGACAUCUAAGGCUUAGUUCAACAUUGAACGUAAACAAAAUCGUCGAUUUUCAAACAGCAUUAUUAGAGGCAAUGAUUUAAUUAAUUUUAUAUUAUAUGACGAUAACUUAAGGACUUUUGACGAACGUAACUUCUAGAACUUUUUAACCGUGCUUUUAAUAAUCGUUUACGCACGCUAAAUUGACUGAUGACAGUCGCUAAACUAGGUUUUAUGGACGAAACCUUAUCCAAUUCAUGAUAUUGUAAACGAAUACUUAACACUAAAGGGUCACAACUUGAUGUUGCGGAGCACGAAUUUAUACUAAUUAGUAUGCUUUAUUUUCAUAUGCUGUAUUUGCUUCAAUUAGGGAGUUUAUGUUGGCAUCAUGCUUUCAUAGAUAUUUUCACAUACUAAAUAGCAUACAUUCGUGCUCCGUAACACCAAGUAAGGACCCACUAAAGGGACUAUGAGACUAGCGAGACGGAGAGAAGGCGUUUACGGAUUCGUGGACAAAAAUAAUUUUGGUGUGCUGAACUGAAGUUAUGGGUGAGAGAAAAUCAAAGAAAUAAAUAUAAACCAAGCAGCAAGGCAGAGUACAACAAACUAUAAUUUUUUUCUAUUGGGAUAAUUUUCAAUGACACGUUAAUCCAAAAUGUCGUCAGUUUCAGUUUCAGUUAAUUUUUUUUGCCAGAAAAAAAAUACAUAUGCAUACAGACAAUCAAUAUAUUACGAAAAUGUUAUUUAAAGAUCAAUGAGACGUAAAUUGUAAGUAAAAGAAUUAAAAGUAUUUUUCUGGCGAGGAAGCUCAAAUAGAAACCUUAGGGCUUAUUGUAUGAGCUCCGUCCCUAACCUAAGACUGAAUAUAAUGCACAAAUAAGCGGUAAAAUCAUACUGAAAUAUAAUUAAGAUAAAAAGCAAGCAAAACAAAACGGACAAAACAGACAAAAAGCAGCAGAAAACAAGUAUUAUUUACAAAUUAAAUGAUUAAUCAACUAAGAAGAAAUGUUACAAAAGACUUACAUAAGUAAGAAUUAAAUCUUUGUGCAAGACCAUCUGUCUUUGGAUGAUAACUGGAAGUAUUGACCUUUUGAAUUUGAAAUAUUUCACAAAAUGAACGACUUUAUUAGAUAGAAAUGUAAUCCCUCUGGCACAAAGUAGCACCCGUGGUGCCCAGUGUCUAGAAAUAUUUUCAUCUACUAAAAGACUUACAAUAACAUUUGCUUCCACAUUUGGCACUGGGAAUGCUCCGACCCAAUGCGUUAAUUAAUGGCCGAAUUCAUAUUGGAGACGGAAAACCGUCUUGAACUGGAAACUCCUCCAUAGACGAAAAACUCGUGUAAACCGACAGGAAAAUGAGACAGUAAAUUUGUCUUAGAAGGAAAACCGUCUUUUAAAAAUUCACAUUGGAUGCGAAACUCAAGACGACUCACAUCUCACGAAGGCAAGCGAAGAAUAUUCUUAAUUUGCGAGCUAAGCAAGUAAGUAAGAGUACAAUCAUAAGAUCAAAACAGGAAAAAAACCGGUGUGGACAAAAUCCAGAAUAACUUUGACCUACUUAAUGAAAAAACCGAAACUUAAAAGAUGAGACUGACAAAUCUUAAAAAUAACUUUCAAAGCACUUUGAAACAAUAUACUGACAAAGUAACUAGUAGAGUUUUACCAAAAAUAUUUACAUCGACCUCAAAUAACUGUUGUAAAUGGAAAUAUAAGCCACGAGUCGUUCAGUUAAUUAGCUAACAAAACAAUAGAUGGCGUGUUUUGGAAGGCCAUUGAAAAUAUAGGUUUCUGAGACCUUCGUAUCUCGGUUGACAGCGACCAUCAUUCUUCAGAGAUCAGAGAUGGAUCGCAAUUAGUCCUCUUUAGAUUUGACCUUGUUAAUAAUGUUUGUAUCAGGGAGUGCUAGUUUUGAAGACGAAAACGUUGUAGUACUUUAAGAUCGACUGCAGGAAAAGAUGUAACCGGAUAUUAUUGUAAUUACAGCUUAAUAGGCCACUUGCACUAAGAUGUCACGUGACCAAUGCUUCCUGAUACCAAAAAUUUACAGAGCACAUAAAAGUUAUCUUACACCUCAAAUUUGAGAGGAAAAGCAUUCAAGGGAGAUAUUUUAUGGCACUUUGAUUUUUCAACAAUGAAGUAUGAUUUGUUUUGGCCGCCAUGUUGGAGAGCAUACUCUUGCCCUCCAACAUAGCAGCCAAAACUACUUUUUGCUUAUAUCUUGUUAAACCUUUGAUAGUUACGCUCAGAUGUACUGUAAACGUUACCACAUCAUCUUUUCAACAUUUUCCUUGAAGAUUAAGUGCAAAAUUUGAGUUCAGAAAGAGGUAAUUCAUAAUUUUAAAAAUCACAUCUUGGUCACGUGACCAGCUACGAACUUACUCAUUUUAAGAAAAUGGUGUGUGUUUGAAAAACCAAAUCACUAUUAUUUUGUUCAAGAUCAUUCAUCGUUUUUCGGAGGCAAAAUCAUAUAACUUUCAUUUUCAUAAAAAACGAUGUCACAUGACCUCUUAGUGCAAAUGGCCUAUUAAUGUAACCAAUUCCCAUGAGGACCUAAAUUUAGACCUAUUUGAUUCAGCCUUCCAACCGUGCAUUCUCAAUUGAAUCUCAUAUUCACGUAUGACGACCUUUUUACCACCUCACCACUAAGAAAUGUAGAAUACACCUGGUCAGUGACAACCGUACCUCCGAAAGACGUACCCUUUUAUUCGUCAUUGAUGCAAAAACUGACUCUAGUCGCCCUCAAUGCACCAGCUUUUUCUCAUGUCAUUGUAUCGUAGUUGACGUUUGUUAAGCAUGUAAACUCAAUGCAAUGGUUUUUCUUUUCUUUCUGUUCUACCCUUGUUUUUAUAUAGUAACUUUGCGCCUUUGUAUUUUUAUCUUCUUUCUUCCUAGUAAUUAGGAGAACAUGCCCCACCAUAAUCGCAGGCAUGCCAAACUGAAUAAAAUUUUGAGAAAAGCAAUAAAUAAACUGCUCUACGCUACGCAUACUUUAGGUGAUUGCUUUCUUUUCGGCGAAGUUUCAAAUUGACUAGUAUAGUAUAAAAGCCCUGAAUUUCAUGUCGAUUGAAUACUUUUAAGGGUGUCUAACGUUCGCUCAAAAUUGAGUAAUGAAAGAAGCGAUGUCGCACUAGUUUUGGAUAAUUUUGUGUUCUGGGAUUUCUCACGGUUUCCAGCUUAACACAACAUGGAAUUCCCAUUCAGCACUUAUCUGCACAAAGUGUUCUCAGGAUUAUAGAAACAUCACAAUAACAAUUUGCAUGGCUAAUUAAUUCCUAUGGCUUUUUUGUAUUUGCUUUUAUGCAUGACAAUGUUUUUGCAAUUAGGUGUAUAUCUGGUUGGCGUCCGCAAUGAUGUCAUCUACAAGCAACACACUUCUCCGUUGUUUUUGAGGCCAUUUUGGCUAUCAAUUUCGACGGUAAAAGUAUUUCAAAGAGAGUAUUGAAACAAUCUGUACCAUAAGCUUAAAAGUAAGAGAAAAAAUCGAAAUAAAAGGACAUUAGUCAGCACUGUCACACUUCGCAGACGACUCUUCACUGUCGGCUGUGAGUAUCGAAAGUGCGUCUCAGUUCAGCUUUUUACCGUCAAAACCUUGUUAUUUUCCCCUUAGACCUACCUUUGAAUUCAUGGUACACCAGGGUAAGCCCACAAUCAGUAACCUGGUGCUUUCCCCACCGAUGAAUCAAACACUGGUUUCAGCUACAUUAGUCGUUGAACCCGAGUUGAGUUUACAUGUGAAACUGCCUCCCCCUUUUUUUGGUUGUUGUUGUUUAAGAAUAAAACUGAACAAUGAAUCAAAGAAGAAAAAGGAAAAAAAGAAGUAAGGGUCUUCAUGACGGGAUAUCUGAGGCCGGUCACCGAUCCAGUCUCUGACCCCUCCCACACGGAUUAACUUGAUUGACACUCGUUAAGACGUGGCUCAACCUCGUCUUCAGGGCUUUCUCUUUUUUUUUAAAGCCCUGGAGAUAUGGCUGAACUGGGUGGCGGUCACCGAGUUUCCCGAGGUAUCUCUAGUUAAAAGGAAUUAGUAAUGUCAUUGUAAUUGUGUUUUUCAGCUGAAAAUUGCCCAACAACGAUUGCUACAACUACAUCAAAGAGGAAUGAUGCGCUGUCUCGAAUCAUCGGGGUCUUUUUCAUUGCCAUCGUGCUCGUAAUAAUGUGGCUGGAUGAAAAAGGUGAGAAAAUAAUUCCACAGAAGUUAAAAUUAGCUCUUACUCGGACCGUUUUUCUUAACCCUCAAAUAAAAAAAUAGUGCAGGGCAGUGGAAAAUUUAAACAAAAAAAAAGAAUUUUCCAAAAGCUCGCCUGGGUUUCAACCUCAAGUUUUCAGGUCUAGCCCGGUUCUACAACAGACAUUUCUAACGAACUGUACAGCUGGGCAGAUAUUUUAACUAAUUUAAUUUUAUGGGGACCCUCACUGGUAAGCAAUUUUGCACCUAGUCGCAAAAGCUGUUUAAACCGUCUUGCAGACGUUUGUCGUCAAGAGGUUUGUUACGGAAUGCAGAGGUUUAUUCGGAUCGUGUAUGUAACCCACUGUGGUGGCAAAAUUGUCAGUUUAUUUUUUUGGAGAAUGUCAAAGCCACCAGAAAAGGUGGUAAAUUAUCAAAGGUACUUAAUAUUUGCGACUCCAGAGAAAACGCGUUCGCAUGGGAAAAAGGCGAAGCAAAUUAUCCAUUGAUAUUUCCUUUUUUAAAUGAAUCAGAGGAGGAGCCAUAAUCGGGCUGAGUAAACUCCCCUCGCAGAAGGACCGAAAAAAAUGUGGCUUUUAUUGGUAGGCAGCAAUCAAUGUGUUCAGUACCAACCGCAUACAAUGGUUUGGCUCAGUUUACUUAUGAGUAAAAAACCUCUGUCUACUAGGAUGUUUCAACCGUGGCACUUUUGAGAAAUUUGACAGAAAUUACGUCAUUUGUAUCCUCAUUUGCUCGUGAUCAGGAUAUGGAAAUUACUGAAUGAAUGAAGCAAGACAGGGCCACCAUUUUAAUUAGCCUGCAAAACAGAUGUAUUUGGUUGGGCACGUUGUUCUUCCUCCAUUUUGGAUGUUGAGGCCGACAGAGGGUUGUGGCGAGCCAAAAUGAUUCCAAGGGAGUGGACGACGGGUCUAAAAUAGAGAAAGGGGUUAGGGAGAAGAGGGGAAAAUACACCUCCACGCAGCCAUGGUUCUGCUGACGGAGCCCAAACAUUGGAUGGACGGGGGUUCUUGCUGGUGCGAGCGAACAAAAAAAAAGAUCACGUGCCGCGAUAAUUUUGCGGGAUAUCUUGAUUGUUUAGGGGUUUACCAUUAGAAACGUUAUGGGGGAACGUUGGGGAAUUUUCUAGCGGCAUAAUUUUUUUUAACAUUUCCUUUAUUACUUGGGACAACAUUGGCCACGCAAGUCCGUGGCUCGAGCCACCUUAAGUGGCCUGAUAAAAUUUACGUAUAAUAAUUACCUGAAUGUGUAGAGGAAUUAGUAAACUCUAAGAACCGUGGUUGUCCAUUUGCAUCAAAAAUUUGGUUUGAUUGAUUAAGUCGGCAAAGUCAAUUUGAAGCUGACGUUUGGAGCACUAGACCCUUGCACCGUAAUUUUUAGGGUGCAAAAUGGAGUAAAAAUUUUAGGUUCAGGAUAACCCCUCUUUGGGGGUUAUUUUAACUCCUAAUUUAACUCCGAAUUUGGGGUCAUUUUUACUCCUGAAAAAGAGUUCUUUUUACUCCCAGUCUGGAGUUAAAAUAAUUUCUAAAUGGGGUUAUUUUUACUCCUUACACGGGUUGUUUUUUACUCUUUUUGGAGUUAAAUUUAACUCUGAAAGUGGAGUAAAAAUUUUAGGUACAGGAUAACUCCUUUUUUGGGGUUAUUUUAACUCCGCAAUAUCCGGGGUCACUUUUACUCCUGAAAAAUAGUUCUUUAAACUCCUUUUGGGAGUUAAAGUAACUCCACGAAAAAUAACUCCACGGUAAGGAGUUAAAUUAGCCCCACUAGAGGAGUUAUUAUAACUCCUUGAAAAUUACUGUGUGUUUAGAGUGAAUCCGGUCUGACAAAUAUUGGCAGCUAACGCUGGAAAGGUCAGCUUUUCAAUCUUUUUACGGUGUUAGUUUGACUUUAACGACUGAUAAAAACCAGAUUUUUACGUUCCAUAAACAUCCCCGAGGUCUGUAGGCCCGAGGUAUGAAUAGGGAGAUUUGUAAGCCUAAUUCUAUAAACUGAUGUUUUGUUUAUUUUGUUUUUCAAGUUAAACGUAAAUAUUUUCGGCAGUAUUAUACCCUGUCCUUCGAUGACUAUGUACAGACAAGUCAAUCUCGCAGUUCUUCGGAAAAUUUUCUCACAGAGAUAAGAGAGGAGAACCCUGCGCAGAACAUAGAAACUGAACCUUCGAUGGCACUAGAAGAGAAUCUGGGGGAGACAGAUUUUCAGCUGGCUAUUUUGCAGGAUUAUGGAGAGGAAGAAAGUGCUAAACUGCAGGAACAGUUAAGAGGGAAACGGGAACAAGUUGCUGAAUUAGAAAGAGAGCUGAACGAUCGAGAACAAGACUACAUUAAACUACAAACGGAUCUAUGUGAGACUAAAGAAAAAUUAAAUAAAUGCAAAUCCUUGUUAACAACACGUGAAUGGUUGAUUUCUCGAGAAGAAAUUGAAAUUAUGCGUGAAAAAUCCUUGGGAGAGGGGAGCUACGGGAAGGUUUUUAAAGGCAGAUAUCGUGGACUUGUCGUUGCAGUCAAAGAACUUAAGUGUUUGUCUACUUCUCAAGAACGUGAUCUGUUUGAACGGGAAAUGGACAUUGCUUCAAGGUGUCGUCAUCCAUGCCUCUUACAAUUUAUCGGCGCAACUCAAGAUGAAAAAAUGCCUUUGUUUGUUACAGAGCUAAUGGAAUCAAGCUUGCGAAAAUUGUUAGAGAAACGGCAACUUUCUGAUAAAGAAAUCGCUGUCAUUUCUCUGGACGUAGCUCACGCUCUUAACUACCUUCACCAAAGAAAACCCAAAGCCAUUGUUCAUCGUGACGUCAGUAGUGUUAAUGUGCUAUUAUGGAAACAAAAUGGCGAAUGGCGAGGCAAACUGGGAGACUAUGGCACUGCUAAAUUUCUACAAGAGAUUAUGACAAAGUCUCCCGGAGCUAUGAUUUAUGGGGCACCCGAAGUAGGAUGUCCCCAUAAUCAAACUGUCAAGGUUAGUUUCCUCGUUGUAAGUUAA